GAAUCCCACCUUCAUAACAGCCUUUUCUCCUCUCAAUAUGACUGUUGCCGAGACAGUGAAGAGCGCCUUUGGGCUUUCGGGCAGCACUCCUGCCACGAGCCAGGAAAUGUCGGAUGCUCGCCUUCCUCUUCAGUACCGCGACUCUUGCGCUCACUUGCUAAUCCCCUUGAACCGCUGCCGGCAGCAGGAGUACUACCUCCCGUGGAAGUGCGAGGAUGAGCGACACAGCUACGAGAAGUGCCAGUACGAGGAGUUCAAGAAGCGCGUCGCCAAGAUGGAAGAGCUUCGGGCCGCAAAGGAUGGUGCCCGCAGCAAUUGAUACCGGAAUUUGCGACAUCCUCUUAUUGGCGACGAACGAAGCAGCAUGUUAUGUACAUAGAGAUUGUGAGAUUGCUUGUCCAUGUACCGACUUUGGCGUUGGGAUCCAUCGAGUCGAUCAUAUCGAUACCAUAUUUUGAGAGCCAGGGUCAAUCAAACCAUGAAAGGCCUCAGUAGCUGGUCAUCUCCCUACAAUGUCUUCUGGGAGAACCGCGCAGCUUGACGUGCUCCUACUUAGGGCAAUAUAGCAUGAGUAAGACAGGCAGUCCUGCCCUAGCCGGGAGCCGUUUUGAGCAUGUCAGCCUGCUAAAAAGCGAGUCGGGAUUGAGACAGCAUCAAUUGAUU